CUACGAUUCCAUGUCGCCAGAUCUCCCCGUUGGUCAGUUUGUGUCCGAGUGUCCACUCUCACCGAUCUGUAACAGGUUUUCAAUCGAAAUUGCCAAGCAAGGACAGUCGUGCUGUAUCUCUAUCGGAGUGUGUCACCGCCGUUACCCUGGCAACAGACAACCAGGAUGGCUGCCCAACUCAAUAGGGUAUCAUGCGGACGACGGAGGGAUCUUCCACGGAAGAGGGCACCCAUCUGCUCAAGGCCCCCCGAGCCAGAGCAGGUGACACAAUGUCCUGUGAAGUGGACUUCCGCAACAACACCGUCAUAUUCUGUCGGAACGACGCCGUGGUGUACAGGAGCCCCGCCCUCAGGAUCCCACAAGGAGGGUUCCACGCAGCAGUAGGUCUCCACUCACACGGCGAGUCCAUCUGUCUACUGGAGAUGGAGCCGUGGAGAUCUGCGUCCGACCAGUAUUUACCACCGCCUGUCCAAGAGCAGUAUCAUUAUUCUGUGUGCAGGGAUGCGGUAUUAAAUCAAGCCAGAGGUAUUUUGAGCUACAAUGGAGGUGAUGCUGUUCCUGUUGCUCUCCUGCUGUCAAAGUGUCCACUGGCUCCUGAUGUCAAUAGUUUUUCUAUUGAAAUCGUGGACCAAGGACGAGGGUGCUAUAUUGCGAUAGGCCUGUGUCCACAACACUAUCGGCGGGACAGACAGCCAGGAUGGGACAAACACUCUAUAGCAUACCAUGCAGAUGACGGCGGCAUAUACUCUGCAACGGGAGCUGCCAUCACGUCUCUUCCUAUAGCGAGACAGGGCGCCACCAUGACUUGUCAGUUCAACUUCUCUGACAAAACAGUCACAUUUCUCAACAAUGGGGGAAAAGGUUUAUCAGUCCCAACCUCUGACAGUGCCCCCUGGUGGCUUCUAUGCAGCUGUCGGAUUACACUCACCAGGGGAGACAAUCAGGUUGUGUGAAGUUGAACCAUGGCGAGGAGAUAACCCGCUGCCGUGUCUGGAACCUGGAGUGACGCCAGACGCCACGAGUAUGCCCAUGUGCGCUGUGUGCAUGGACCGAGCGGUCACUCACUUCCUCAUCCCAUGCGGUCAUACCUUCUGUUCCGAGUGUAUAGAAGAGUGGUCAGCUGUCCAGAAGAACUGCCCAACAUGCAGAACCACCUAUCAAGAAUUGAAAACUUUGUUUUUUGGGUAGUCAGUGCCAAAUUCACGAGGACAUGGAGCCGACAAUUUAUGAAGUGUUUUUGUUGUAGUUUGUUGUACCUCUUGGAUGUAUGUAAGUCGAGCUGGAACAAUCAAAUAUUCCCCAGUCCGACAUGUACAUAAACUGUACUGUAUGUAACGUGUGAGACUAGUAUAACACAAGUACCGUUACACCUUGGCGGACCAAAUGGGUUUAGCCUAUUGAAUUGUACUGUUUGGGGACUUGAACGCGUCCUCGGGCGUCCUAUGCCAAUACACUCUUACAAGACUACCCUAUCGCCAAUUUAGACAAUAUCCAAACACCGGCAAACUGUAGCGCAAAUAGGGUUGCCCAACAGAGAGAAAAUGACCAGUCUUUCUAAAUAUAAUUACAGUUAACUCUCCUGUUCCUUCACUACGCUAAAACCGGAAGGCUGGCGGGAUAAUGGAGUCUAAGAACUAUUUGAUAUGCCACGAGUGGCGCUUGAAAUGUUGAUUGAAAUAUAUUUUACGUGAGUAAUUAUUAAGUAUGAGGUUGGAAAUCAGAGACCACAACUCUGUGAGGAAAUGGGUGUCUACCUUUAAUGGUGGCGAUAUCUUAUUGUGACAUUAAAAAUAUUUUUCGAACCGAAGCGAGGGAAGUAGGUUGCCAACGUUUGCUCUCCAUGCUCGCAUAUAAGGAAGACUGGUCAUUUUUCUCUCUGUUGCGCAACCCUAUUUGCGCUUCAGUUUGCUUGUGAUCCAAACUACCCAGGUUUAUAUGAACUUAAAGGAGCAUUGCCGGUUUUUGUCAAAUUGGUUUGUAUACACAUGUUACAGAAAAUGUAACUAAGAUAAUAUUAUUAUCAAAAUUUCAUAAUUUUAAAUGUUGAAGAGUGACAUAGCAUAUUUUGGUAUGUCGUGAUAAUUG